CAAGUCUCAAAAAAACAGCUUCUCGUUUUCCUCUCUGAAUUCUCGUGUUUGCCCUGCUGGUUUGGCACUUGAGAUCUGAAUUCAGUUGCUUGCUUGAUCUUUCUCUGUCUCCAAGCAUGGCGCUUGAGUUUGUCACCAACUACAUCCUCCCCCGUAUUAUAGAUGCGUUGGCUGACGAAGUGAUUUCACGUGCUCAUAGAUGGUGGACAGCUUCAGAUUCUUCUGAUCGCGAGGCGGAAUCUGAUCACGAGGCGGAAUCUGUUCGCGAGGCGGAAUCUGAUCGCGAGGCGGAAUCUGAUCACGAGGCGCAGCUGACGAACCUUAGAGACUCCCUCAAGUUUAUCCAGUCUAUGAUCAAUGAUGCAGAGCGAAAACAGGGAAAAGAAAGUGAUGACCCUGUAAGGCUCUGGUUACAACAUCUCCAAUGGCUAGCUUAUGAUGCUGAGGAUGUGCUGGAUGAGUGUGAUUAUGAGCAUCUUCGCUGCCGUGUUGAGACUCCUGGGGAGAAGAAGAGGAAAAGGAGCUCAUUCACUACUGAUAUUGUUGACAAAAUAAAAGAUAUUAAUGUGCGCUUUGAUGAAUUAAAAGAGCGCGCACGUCUACUUAAUCUGGAGUCACGUGAAUUUCAUCCAACAGCCAUGCAAUUACCCAAGACAGACUCCCUGCUUGGUGAUUCAAAAGUUUUUGGAAGGGGAGAUGAUGUUGAGAGAAUUCUUGACAUGCUGGAUGACUUGAGGGAGAAACAGUAUCUAGUGUCUGGCGUUUCAAUAGUUGGCAUGGGGGGCCUUGGGAAGACAACAGUAGCAAGAUCAAUAUACAAGAAGGCAGAGGAAGAAAAGCGCUAUGAUCUAGUAGCCUGGGUGUGUGUCUCUGACGACUUCAAUGAGGAAACAAUUUUGAAAGAGAUGCAUGAACAUUUUAUUAAGGGUGGUGUCCCUUCAAGCAGCAUCAAUGUACUGGUUAAAGAUCUUGCAAAGGAGUUAGAGAAGAAGACUUUUCUUCUCGUUCUUGAUGACGUGUGGAACAAAGAUCAAUCGAGGUGGAAUGCUUUUAGUAAUCGUCUCUCAAGAAUUCUGAAGACAACUAGGAAUUCUAUUGUGGUGACAACUCGUGAUGAAGGGGUAGCAUCUAUGAUGAUGAAGAUGAAUCUUAUGCAGAAUUCUAUGCAAAUUCAUGAAAUGCAUAAGUUGUCAGAUGAUGACUGCUGGUUAAUAAUUGAAGAGGCAAUUCUCACUUCAUCAAAACAAACUUCAAUUUCUUCGAAUUUGAAAAAUAUUGGGGUGGAAAUUGCCAAGAAGUGUGGGGGCUUGCCAUUGGCUGCUACUAUUAUUGGAGGAACACUGAGCCGUGAAAGUCAAACAAGUGAGUGGGAAGCUAUCAGAGAUGAUGAUGCAUGGAAUUUGAAUUCAGAAGAUGGAAACGGGAUUUUAUCUAUACUAAAAAUAAGUUACCAUCAUUUGCCUCCACCUUUGAAAAAAUGCUUCUCCUAUUGUUCAAUAUUUCCAAAGGAUUUCAUCAUUGAAAAAGAUGAUUUAGUUCAACUUUGGAUGGCUCAAGGAUAUCUUCACCAAUCUAAUGAGAGCUCCACGACAAUGGAAGAAAUUGGUGAUGCCUACUUUAAUUAUUUGCUAUCUAAUUCCUUCUUUCAAGAUGUGGAAAGGACGUCAUAUGGAGAUAUCAUAUAUUGCAAGAUGCAUGAUAUAGUGUGUGAUCUAGCAUUGGACGUUUCAAAAGAUGAAACUUUCAUACUGAAGACUGGUUGCAAGAUUGAUGAAGAUGCUAGUAUUCUACAUUUGAGAGUCAGGCAUGAUGCAAGUGAGCCUCUAGAUAUUCCAGCUAGUAUUCUUCGAAGGCUGCGUUGUUUGUUCAUAGAAGGGAAGGUGGGUGCUGUUUUCAAUGCCAUGGCAUCUAAUCUCAAAAGUUUGCGGUCUUUAAAAUUCGGAGGAGUCGGGUUCCCUAUUUCUAGAGAUGUUGACAUAAAAGAGUUGGACCCUGCUCUUGGAGAACUGAAGCAUUUGAGAUGCUUUGAUAUCUUCGACAGUAGAGGUUAUAUACUACCAGAGUCUUUUUUCAAGCUCUAUAAUUUGCAAACUUUCGGAGGAUAUGGUUUCUUUGAUCUGGAGUGGCCAUAUGAUAAGUUAACCAGUUUGGUCAGCUUGAGGCACAUUUGUUUUUACGAUGAUUGCUUGUCUAUCUUGAGGAGCAUUGGGCACCUAACUUCCCUUCGAACAUUACCUGUGUUUUUUGUAGACAUGGAAGAGGGGGGUGGCAUUGAAGAACUGGGAGGCUUAACCGAACUCAGAGGAAGAUUGGAGAUUCAGGAUCUUGAACAUGUUCGUUCGAGAUUGGAAGCCAGUAAAGCAAAUCUAAAGGAAAAGAUGGGAAUACGCUGGUUGAAACUGGAGUGGAGUAAUUAUGGGGAAAUAUACAGCGCCAAUGAGGAGGAGGUUCUAGAAGGUCUUCAGCCUCACACAAAUCUAAAAAGUUUAUCCAUUAAGGGUUACAUGGGAAAGGGCUUUCCACCAUGGAUGAUGAGUGGUGGUGCUAUAUUUUUGUCCAAUAAUCUGGUGGAGUUGGAAUUACAGCGUUGGCAUAAUUGUGAACAUAUUCCUAGUUUGGGACUUUUACCUAGUCUCAAGUCUCUUCAUAUUGAUGGUUUUGAAAAUGUAAAAAGAAUGGGUCAUAAGUUUGAUACCACCAAAAGUAAUGGUCCAGGAGGAGUAGAACCAAUCAAACUGUUCCCAGCUUUGAGGGAACUCAGCUUAAACAGCCUGCUAGGCUUAGAGGAAUGGAUUGAAGUAGAUGAUGAUGAUAUAGCAGCAGGAGGGAAAGUCGAGAUUGUGUUUCCUUGCCUUGAGAUUUUGAAAAUUGACUAUUGUCCUCGGUUGGAAAUUUGGCAGAUGGGUGGAUUUUCAUCUCAUCAUAAGUUGUCUCAUUUGGAGAUUAACAAAUGUUACAAACUGAUGGAUAUCCCAAGUAUGAACGGGCUCUCAUCUCUUCAACUUUUGAGAAUUGAAAAAUGCUUUAAUCUAAGGGGCAUUUCGGGGGAGUGCCUACGCUACCUCGCUGGCUUAAAGAAGUUAGAGAUGGGUUAUUUCUGUGGUGAAUUGGAGGAAUUCCCAGGACUCAGUUACAUCCAUCAGCUAAACUCCUCCCUUGAAUCUUUAAUAUUACGUGGAUGGGAUAAAGUCAAGUCUUUGCCAGAUCAACUGCAACAUCUCACUGCCUUGAAAGAAUUGACUCUUUCAAAUUUCAACGGAGUGGAAGCUUUUCCAGAAGGGUUGGGAAACCUCAGUUCUCUUCAACGACUUCACAUUUUUGAAUGCGGAAAUCUAAAGCAUCUGUUUCCACUCCAAGCCCUAAAAUCCCUUAUUGAGUUAAGGAUGGGUCCUUUCAGCUCAGAUUUGGAGGAGUUCCCAAGACUUGAUUGCAUCCUUCACUUUCAUGCUUCCCUCAAAGAUUUAACAUUGACAGGAUGGGAUAAAAUAAAGUUUCUGCCAGAUCAGCUUCAACAUCUCACUGCCCUCAAGUCAUUGACUCUAGAAACAUUCAACAGAGUGGAAGUUUUACCAGACUGGUUGGGAAACCUCUCUUCUCUUGAACAGCUGCACAUUAAAGAAUGUCCUAAUUUAAAGAAAAGAUGCAUAAAAUAUACAGAACGCAAAGGUCCUUGGUUUUCUGAAAUUUAUGCAGGAGAGGAAUGGUCCAAGAUUUCCCAUAUUCCCCGAAUCUUGAUAGAUACUUAUACAAUCAAAUGGCAUGAAGAGUAAGUAUGUUUAAUUUAUGACAUCUUAAUCCCUCCAUUUAUCCCACAAUUGCAAACUCCUUGUUUUCUUUUGUCACUGAAAACUGAGUAUGGGUUCCCAAAUAAAUUUGAGGAAAAUAACCCUCCUUCUAACUCCAACUUCGACUUGCUGAUCAAAUCUCUUGACUGAAUAAUCAGGUUGUACUUGUUCAUCAAGAGUUGAAGACAUUCAGAAGCCUUCUCCAAAUUAUCAACUCGUAUAAAGAUGCAUGAAGGAGAAAAGCAGGGGAUUGCAUAGACACACAACCAAAAUCUUUCAUUUUAAGGUUUGAAGCCUCUGGUUUCUUUGUACUUGCGACUUUGCUUGUAUCUAGAGAAAGUGUUAUGAGGAGGAGAUAAGAUUGUGAUAGUUUUCUCAAACCAGACGAUUUAGGCUGUGAUUCUUCUUUUCAGUGCCUACUAUCACAAGCAUGAUUGAGUCACACUCACCAUGUAUAAAAUUCAAGAUUGUUUGUGUGAACAUCUUUUAAUUUUGUAGGCUUGGCUCAAUUAGGACUUGUUUAGCAAUAAUUAAGCAUGUGAUUGUAAGGAACAGUAGUACAUAUUGCUCUUACCGGAGCAUGUUUGAGUGAUUUAAGAACAAAUCUUGUAAUUUCUUCAUGAAUCAGUGUACCUCAAUAUAUCUUCAAUUGAGUA